AUGUCUUACAACCGACUAGGCCAACCGGCAAACGACGACCCGUACGAGAUGGACCCUCGACGACCAGCUGGGCGCACGCCCUCACCUGGACAGCCUCUGCGCGGCUACCAACUCGAAGAUCGAUAUGCCUCGCCGGGGCCUUCGCACUCGGGCAUCUUGGAGAUCCCCAUGGGACCCAACCCAGCUGCUGCUUCCGGCGACCGUUUGCCGUUGCAACCCAGUUACUCGGUAGAAAACAUACCAUAUGCCGCUGGCAACUAUCACGACGACUACGACCCACGACCGCAACGACAUGAUGGCGAUUACUCGCUUGACCCUCAAGCACAUCACGAUGCAUACUACAACCAGCCCUAUGACCCUACACCGCAUGAUGAGAGCCCCGGCGCAUACGGCACACAGCCCACGCACUACUGGCAGGAUGAGGAUAUGGACAAGCCCAUGAUGCACGGCGACAACGCCUAUGGUCCGGAUCCCCACGACAUGGAGGAUCCCGAAAACCCAUUCCACGACGUGCCUGCGCCCACAAUCAUGCCUGCCCCGAUCAAGCGAUGGAAGACGGUGAAGGAGGUGCAGCUGUUCAAGGGCAACUUGGUUCUAGACUGCCCCAUCCCUCCACGAUUGCUCAACCAAGUUCCGCAUGCACAGCCCCCGGAGCGUGACGAGUUCACACACAUGCGCUACUCAGCCGCUACGUGUGAUCCUGCAGACUUCGAUGCGGAGCGCUUCACCCUGCGCCAGAAGCUGUUUGCCAAGCCUCGCCAUACCGAGCUCUUCAUUGUCAUCACCAUGUACAACGAAGAGGACGAGCUGUUCGCCCGAACCAUGAUCGGCGUAAUCAAGAACAUCGAGUACAUGAACUCGCGUACAAACAGUAAGACGUGGGGCAAGGACGCGUGGAAGAAGAUCGUAGUCUGCGUCGUAAGCGAUGGCCGUGCCAAGAUCAACCCGCGCACUCGCGCCGUGCUAGCUGCACUCGGGGUUUACCAGGACGGCAUCGCCAAGCAGCAAGUCAACGGCAAGGAUGUGACUGCCCAUAUUUACGAGUACACCACCCAGAUGACGCUGGACAUCAAAAAGGGUGUCGUCGGCGUCAAAAAGGGAAACACCCCGGUGCAGAUGCUGUUUUGUCUAAAGGAAAAGAACCAGAAGAAGAUCAACUCGCACAGAUGGUUCUUCCAGGCAUUCGGUACCGUCUUAGAUCCGAAUGUGUGUGUGCUUAUUGAUGCUGGUACCAAGCCUGGCAAGGACUCCGUCUACCAGCUGUGGAAGGCGUUCGAUCUCGAGCCCAUGUGCGCAGGUGCUUGUGGUGAGAUCAAGGCCAUGUUGGUGCACGGAAAGAAGCUUCUGAACCCGCUGGUAGCCACUCAGAACUUUGAGUACAAGAUGAGCAACAUUCUGGAUAAACCGCUAGAGUCUGCUUUUGGUUUCAUUUCUGUCCUUCCCGGUGCCUUCUCUGCCUACAGAUAUGUUGCACUCCAAAACGACAAGACUGGCCAAGGGCCGUUGGAGAAGUACUUUGCUGGUGAGAAGAUGCACGGCGCCAACGCUGGCAUUUUCACAGCCAACAUGUACCUGGCUGAAGAUCGUAUUCUCUGCUUCGAGCUCGUCUCCAAACGAAACUGCCAUUGGAUUCUGCAGUACGUCAAGUCUGCUACGGGAGAAACCGAUGUACCGACGACCAUGGCCGAGUUCAUCAGUCAGCGUCGUCGCUGGUUGAACGGAUCUUUCUUUGCUGCUGUCUACGCCCUGGCUCACUCUUUCGACAUUUUUCGAAGUGAUCACUCUUUCUUGCGCAAAACCAUGUUCCUUGUCGAGUUUGUCUACCAAACCAUUAGCAUGAUCUUCGCCUGGUUCGCUCUCGGUAACUUCUUCCUGGUCUUCCGCAUUCUCACGGCUUCACUCCAAAACGAACUCGGCACCGUCGGCAAAGUGCUCUUCAUCAUCUUCGAAUGGCUCUACAUCGCCGUCUUAAUAACGUGUUUUAUCCUCUCACUCGGUAACCGGCCCCAAGGUUCAAACAAGUGGUACAUGUCGAUGGUGUACUUUUGGUGCAUCAUCAUGACCUACCUCAUGUUCGCCUCAGUCUUCAUCACCGUGCGCUCGGUGCAAGGGCAAAUAGCCGCCAACAACGGGUUCAACGUCGGCGACCUCUUCAAGGACAAGAUCUUCGCCACGCUCGUCAUCUCGCUGCUCUCAACCUACGUCAUGUGGCUCAUCGUGUCCAUCAUCUUCCUCGACCCCUGGCACAUGUUCACAUCCUUCUUCCAGUACCUCCUCAUGACACCCACAUACAUCAACAUCCUCAACGUCUACGCCUUCUGCAACACACACGACAUCACGUGGGGCACCAAGGGCGAUGACAAGGCCGAGAAACUCCCAAUCGUCAUCACGAAAGCAGAUGGUAAAGCGGACAUCCAGGCGCCGACCGAUGACGCCGAUCUCAACACGCAGUAUGAAACCGAGUUACGCGUGUUUAGUGAGAAGUGGAAGGAGGAGAAGAAGAUUCCAUCGCCCAGUGAGAAGCAAGAGGAUUAUUACAAGGGAUUUCGAUCGGGCGUUGUUCUGUUUUGGAUGUUUUGUAAUUUGGGACUGUCGGCGCUGGUGCUGCAGUCUGGCGGGCUCGAGUUGACGGUUAGUACGCCGGAUGAGGCGCAGAAGAAGAGGAAUGAUGCGGCGACUAUUUAUCUCGCCGUGGUGCUGUAUAGUGUGGCGGGGUUGGCGGCGUUUAGGUUUAUUGGGGCCAUGUGGUUUUUGGUUGUGCGGAUGUUCAGAGGUGUUUGA